AGUGCCCGGCCAUCAUGCCCCGGUGCAUGUGGGGUGCCCGUCCCUACCGGGGCACCCCCACACCGUUGACCCUCCCGUUGGGCUCCGUCUACAUCCACCACACCUUCAUACCCAGCGCCCCAUGCCGCACCUUCACCGCCUGCGCCCGCGACAUGCGCGCCAUGCAACGCUUCCACCAGGACACCCGCGGUUGGGAUGACAUCGGCUACAGCUUCUUGGUGGGGUCGGAUGGGUACCUGUACCAAGGCCGAGGUUGGCACUGGGUUGGUGCCCACACCAAAGGCUACAACAGCAAAGGCUACGGUGUGGGCUACGUUGGAGACUUCUCGGCCACCUUGCCGGACCCUGAUGCCAUCGCCCUGGUGCGGGACAGUCUCUUGCCCUGCGCCGUACGGACCGGCCGGCUUCACCGUAACUACACCCUACGUGGCCACCGCCAGAUGGGUCACACCGACUGCCCUGGCAACUCCCUUUUCCAUGAGAUUGAGACCUGGCAUGGCUUCAAG